AGCACACUACAGCAAAAUGAAAAGACGUCAACCAUUAACUCCAGAAAACCCACCCGAAGCCGAAUACUAAAAAACUCAUCAGAGAAUGCCAGCCAUUAUCCUCAUCUUCCCCAAAACAAAUGCCCUGUAUAGCCAAAACGGAAUAAAAGAUUGCCUUGAAAACCAACCAUGGAGAUUCUUCUGAACCUUCUCCAUCUUCAAAGCUUAACAAAGAUUUCUCAGCGGUGUCGAACCUUCUCCAUCCCUAUAGUUAGCUUCCUAGUUUGCUUCUUGCAAUAUACAUGGCGUAUCUGCAUAGCCGACUCCCGAUCAAGCAAGCAUCGAAUUCUUCAAAACAGUGCGGCAUUAGUAAGGAGACGUUUUUCUCAAAGCAAGGCAUAAGAACAUUCGGAUUCUUUUGGUCCCUCAAAUCUUCAUGCAAGCAACCAUGAAGGAUCAUGGAAAGCUUUAUGGAAGCCACCAAAAACGGAAAUUUGGUUGAUGUUGGUCGGAAAGAGUUCGAAACUUCGAAAAACAUGAGCGAGGAGGUAUCGAUCAGAGUAUUUUCUUUAAUAGGAGAGGAAGCCAUAUGUUACACAAGCUGGAAAGUUGCAGUCAGCCUACACGAAGGAUAUGACUGAAGCGGAGAAAAAUAUUAUAAAGGUGGAUGAUGAGGCUGAUUCAGCAAUCGUUGGGAAAUUUGAUCAGUUCUAUGAAGAUUAUGGGUACUAUGAGACAUCUGAUGAUGAAGAUGAACCAUACCACUCUAGAGGAUUCAAGAGCUUAAACACAACUGAAUGUUAUGAGCUUCAUGAAGCAGGGAAACUGCUAUCGAGGGCGGAACUUGAAGAUGUUCUGGUUUGUGUUUCAUGUCAAUGGGACCUUAUCCAACUAGCAAUAGUGGGAAAAAAAAAGUUUUCCAUUUUGAUCCAUUUGUAAUGGGCAAGUCAUUUGGCAGUGGCAAUGGCUAUGGAGGUUUCACAGUUAAGUGACAAGGGCUAUAGAGGAAGCAUCUUUUUGUCUAUAUCUUUUUUAGUUUUAUGUAGUCUGGUUGAUAGAAUAGAAUGGGUAAAGGGAUAUGUUGGGUUGGAUAAAAUAAUAUAUAAUUUAUCAAACUUAAAUCUCUUCUAUCUAUUAGAAAA